UUUACCCACCGGAAUGUUUACCAACGCACCAAGCCACCGGAAGUUAAAAGCUCUCAGCGUUCACGUUGGUUACUGUUAACGAAAAUAGUGUAUUUAGUGUAAGUAUUUUAGCAGUAAAGAUUCAGAGGGACCUACACGAGCUUAAAGCCAAAUCAUGUCCGACAACGAAGAUAAUUUCGACGAUGGAGAUUUUGAUGAUGCUGAGGAGGAUGAGGGAUUAGAUGACCUGGAAAACGUGGAGGAUGAAGACCAGGAGAAUGUGCAGAUCUUGCCCGCAGGAGAAGGUCAGCAGGCAAACCAGAAGAGGAUCACAACACCGUACAUGACCAAAUACGAGAGGGCCAGAGUGCUGGGGACACGAGCACUACAGAUUGCAAUGUGUGCUCCAGUCAUGGUCGAGCUGGAGGGAGAGACAGACCCCUUGCAAAUAGCUAUGAAGGAGCUCAAGAGCAGAAAGAUCCCCAUCAUCAUCCGCAGGUACCUUCCUGAUGGGAGCUACGAGGACUGGGGCUGUGACGAGCUCAUCAUAGCUGAUUAAAGAGCAAAACCAUAUUCACUGAUGUGAUGUCAGGGACAUAAGGCUUAGAUUACAUUAGUUCACAGUUUAACCAACAACACUAUCCAAAUGAGGAACAAA